AUCUAUGUAGAUAUGUGAUACGCACGCUGUGCCGAAAGCAAAGAGAAUGAGUAAGAAAGAGAAAGAGAGAAAGAGAUAGAGAGAGAGAGAGAGAGAGAGAGAGAGAAACACACACGGAGACAAAACCAUGUGGCCUGGCGGAGACACUAAGUGCUCGAAAAUGCUGAAGGCUUCACUCUGAUCUCCGACUCCAAGGAUUUCGGGUGUGUUUUGAGGGAUCGGCCGAGAUCGAGAACACGUUUUCCACGAUCCAAUAAAAUCGUCAAAAAGUGAUUUUGGUUGAAAUCGUUUGAUUGAUUCGUCUGUCAAUUAUUCGACGUUCAUUCGUACGUUCGUUCGAUAACACGUACCGUGACGUGACGAUCGUAUUUAUCGUAAUGCUUCUAUUUUCGAUAUCGAUACGAAGCUAAACAAGAAAUACAUCAAAAAGUUAACGAUGAGAGUUUGUUGAUGCGCGUUGACGCUUGAUAAAUAAAAACUACUGUGAAGUCUGAAAAGUUAAACGCAUGAAUGAGUGAAAAAGUGAUACUACCAAGGGAUUUGCCAAAGGAUUUGGAGUAAUAUCAACAAUUUUUUCUAUUUUUCUUUUUCACGAUGAGUAAGUUUGAAUAUAAUAUAAGAAGACAUAUAUAUAACGUGGAAAAAGAUUCUUGUGAAUCAAGUUGGACUUGAAAUGAUGACCCUCGUAACCGAUACCGUCCCGUACGCGUACGAUAGCGUGACCAGCAGGUCGAGUUACGACACUUAUCGACAUCAUCAUCUGCAUCACCAUCAUCAUCAUCAUCAUCGCCAUAGACACAUCUAUGCGUCCACGGAUAACGAGUAUCUUUCGAGUUACGUUAGCAAAAGGGACACGGAGGAACGACAGAUGAGGAACGUCAACGCCGAUAACAGUUUGGCGUCAGUCAGCUCCGCUCAUUUUCGUCAUGAAAACGUCAGUAGGACACAGUCUCGAUACAUCCUAGACUCGGACGAUGCAUCGUCGGUUGUUUCUGCAGACGCCUCCGCGGAUCUCGAAUCGCCAUCGGCGGACGGAGAGGAAACGAAUGAGAGUGAAACGGUCGAGCACGUGCCACAUCCACACGUUCUGGACGCGGGAUCGCCUCACGGGCCACGGAGAUGCCUACUUUGGGCUUGUAAGGCUUGUAAAAAGAAAACCGUAACCGUCGACCGUAGGAAAGCUGCCACCUUGCGCGAAAGAAGACGCUUAAGAAAGGUGAACGAAGCUUUCGAAGUGUUGAAACGAAGAACGAGCAACAAUCCGAAUCAACGUUUACCAAAAGUGGAGAUCCUUCGAAAUGCAAUAGAAUACAUUGAAAGCUUAGAAGCCUUGCUGCAGGGCAACCGAUCUUCCGGUUCGCAGGAUCAUGCGUCUAUGGAUAAUAUGAACGGGGAGUCUCCGCAAUACGUGACGGACAGACUUCGACAAUUCUCGGAUCCCUUGGCAAGGUUUCAACCAAUUAACGGAUUCGAGCAAGUCGAAACAUCCUCCGGUCAAGGUAACGGCAGCAGUUUGGAUUGUCUGAGUAUGAUUGUUCAAAGUAUCAAUGGACCGGCACAAGCUCCGAUGGAGAGUCAUUACUCGUCGCAUCAUUAAGAUUAAGACAGUAUUAAGGGAUGACUAUUUGGAGCUCGAGAAGCUCGAUACAUCGAAACAACGUUAAAAAGUAUUCGUAGAGAUAUAACGAUAAGAAAAGUCAAAGAUCGAAUUUUACUAUUCGAUUCUGAUACCAAAGAAUACGGAUAAAAAUGUAUCAAUCAGAAUUAUCCGAUUAAAAUUAAGUGUACAAUUGUAUACUGUUGCCGACUCGAAAACAGUGGAGAAAAAGUUGGUAGGUAUAAACGAUUCACAACUUUCACGGAAGCAGCUAAUUCGCGAGAUUAGCGUUUUUUUCUGUUUUUUUUUUUUUUUUUUUUUUUUUUUUUUUUUCUUUUU